AUGUUGGGGUGCUCCACCGGGGCAAGGAGGGCCUCGGGUGGUUUUGCAAUUGCUGGAGGCGUUGACGAGUUCCAGUACAUCAGCGCCCGCAGUGGACACUGGGCAGGAGGCAUAGCUCCGAGCACCCAGCAGUCAUUUCCAGGCGCUGCUGUGCGCAACGCCAUGUGGCCCUGCCGCACGCUGGGCAGCCAGCAAGGUACCAGUUCUGUGCAAGGGCUGCAGGGAGGCAGAGGCGUGCCUUCCAUAGCUAUACCUGUGGCACAGGGUGUGGAGGUGUGUGGAAUGGCUGAGAGCGCGGCCAUGGCUGCCAUGACAAUUCCCGUGGCACAAGGGGUGGUAGUCUGUGGGCAGCCAGAGAUCAGGGCUGUGACUUCUGUGGCUGUCCCAGUGGCCCAAGGUGUGCAGAUGCACAGGCCACCUGACAACAUAGAUGUGCGUGCAUUGGCCAUGCGUGUGGCACAAGGUGGCCAGGUGCAUGGGUUGCCAGAGACCACGGCCGCAGCAUCCAUGGUUGUUCCUGUGGCCCAGGGCGUGGAGGUUAAGCAGUCCAUGGAUGAGGAUGCAGCCCUUCCCAGUACCCAGUACCCCCUUCACCACACCUUGACAGGCACAGAUGCUAAGCAAGCAGGCUGGAGGAACUACUUGUCAGUUUAUGGGUCUGCUGCUGCUGCUGCUGCUACAAGCCAUUGUACCAUGUCUGGCGAACAGCAAGGUGCCGCAGGGCUGGUGGGUGCUGCUGUGCAAGAUGACCUGCUGCCUCCAUCGCUGGAGGGCCUCCGUGUCAUAGACUUGGCGAACCUUUCUCAACCUGCACUUGUGGCCACCGCUAGCCAGUCACACCAGGGAAAGGACAACCCAGUCGGCUCAGUUCUGAGUGGAAUUGUGGGUGGCAUGGAUGAGCGCGCAGUUGGCAAGACUGCAGCUGCUUUCAGUAUGGGAGGCUUUCCUGAAAACGACUACGAGCUCGAUUACGAGGGGGCUUGGCGAAACAUCUUGCGAGGACACAAAACUGUGCCUAUUCAAGAGUUCGACGCACGGACCCCACGGAAAUUUCAGGGUCGUUGGGAUCCGCACAAAGUGACAUACGUUGACCUGGAACACCUGCCCGACAACCAAAAGUGGUUUGUGACAGCCCUCGAAAGAUUUCUGGAGCGCCCUGUGAAGAUACCCAUCUUGGCAGAUGUGCCCAAACCCUUGGACAUUCAGCGCCUUUUUGUAGAGGUGAUGUCUCAAGGGGGAAGGGGCGCAGUUUCCAGGGCUGGGGGCUGGUCUCACCUGAGCUUCGUCCUGCAAGGCAAUUCCACGCUUGGCACCUGCCUUGAACAGGUUUACAACUACUACUUGGGCCCCCUGGAGGACCGCCUGCCCAGCAGCGUGCGCCCUGCACGCGCACGGCAGUGGAUGGAGCAGCAUGCCCAGCACCUGGCAGACCACUUCCCUGCAGGGAAAAGGUUCAAAGUGGAUGAGAUCGUUGGCAAUGCAAGGAAGCGUCUGAGGGCACUGGCCUCCAACAAAAGUGGGAAAGAAGAAGAAAAAGAGGAAGAAAAGCUGGAAGAAAAAGGAAAAGUGGAAGGAAAAGGAAAAGAGGAAGAGAAGGUGGAGGGCAAAGGAAAUGGUGACGAAAGGGACAAAGAAAAAGGUGCAGAGGCUGGCUCUAAUGCGGUGGAGGAAAGGGGUAGGGAGCUGCUGAAGCUGCUUGCAUUAGACGUGCAGUUGGUGCAGGUGCCGAAUUUUGUUGUGGAGGGCUUUAGGGACACUGUGGAUGGCAUUUCGGGCUUCGACGAGAAGAAUUCGGAGAUCGCCAGGCAGCCCGGUGCUGGCAGCAAGAAGAGGGAUGAACAACCCAAAGUUGGGCAAGAGCCCGUGGAUGGCGCUGCGUGGGCGUUGCUGUGCUCCUUCAGGGCCGUGCAGGAGGGCGCCCCUGGUGCAGGCUUGGAACCGCCUGUCUACAAACCUCCAGCACCGCCCUACUCUAGAUCCCAUCUGGAGCGCGCCUCAAUAGCGAAGCCGAUGAAGCAGAGAAGGUUUGCAGUCCCUGGGCCCAGCAGCAGUGACGGGAGGCUGGGUUCAGGGUCAAGGGGAGGGAGGCGAAUGCGAAGAAGCGUUGGGAGGACACCGAAGUGUGGUGCAUGCAAGACUUGCAUGCACCCGUCGAUGAAGAAGGCGUGCCUGACGAAUCGGGAGAGAAUCGAGCAGGGUUUGGAGCCGCUGUUCGUGCAAGAAGCCCCCACUCUGCAUUGA